AUGGCCAACUCGAUCACAUGGCUCACGACACACCAGCAGCCAUGGCUGGAUGCCUACCUCGAUGGCAAGCCAGACCAGGAUCAAGCGUACAAAGGUCUUCUUGGGUGGUGCCAAGCUUUUGCCCACCGAGACAACUUCUCCCAGCGGGUACCAUACGAGCCAAAGAAGACGCAGGCAAAGCAUAUCGAGUACGCCAAGUCGUUUUGGCCACAAUACGCCGAUUAUGACCCCGCCAACAUCAUCAACAUAGACGAAACAGGCCGGAAAUUGCCGCUAUACGACAUUGUCCAUGGCCAACUGGGCGGUCUGGUCGAACAGACCGAACUGCCAACGUAUCCGCGAGGAACCAUGUAUGCGGUGCAAGAAAACUAG